CUACGAGUGCGACCGCGAGUCCGUCAACAUGAGGUGGAACUGCCGGAACCUGGGGGAGCAUCUCUCUCACUAUCUGAAUGCCAAGGCAGGGAACCUCUCGCUGGCGCCGGCCGAGAGAGGGGAUCAGGCCCGCGGCGGGCAGUGGAGCAUCUAUAACACCCAGGAAGAUUUGUGCUCCAACCCCUAUUCUGAAAUUUACACCAUCCAGGGCAAUUCCCACGGGAAGCCCUGCACCAUCCCCUUCAAGUACGACAACCAGUGGUUCCACGGCUGCACCAGCACGGGGCGGGAGGACGGCCAUCUCUGGUGCGCCACCACGCAGGAUUACGGCAAGGAUGAACGAUGGGGCUUCUGCCCCAUUAAGAGCAAUGACUGCGAGACCUUCUGGGACAAGGAUCACCUGACCAACAGCUGCUACCAGUUCAACUUCCAGUCCACCCUGUCCUGGCGGGAGGCGUGGAGCAGCUGUGAGCAGCAAGGGGCCAACCUGCUGAGCAUCACGGAGAUCCACGAGCAGACCUACAUCAACGGGCUGCUGACAGGAUACAGCUCCACCCUCUGGAUUGGGCUCAAUGACCUGGAUAUGAACGGGGGCUGGCAGUGGUCCGACAACUCACCUCUGAAGUACCUCAACUGGGAAAGCGACCAGCCUGACAAUCCCAGUGAAGAAAACUGUGGGGUGAUCCGGACGGAGUCCUCGGGGGGCUGGCAGAACAGGGACUGCAGCAUCGCACUGCCCUACGUCUGCAAGAAGAAACCCAAUGCCACCUCCGACCCGUUCACGACAGACUCCUGGUCGGAGGUGAAGGUGGAUUGUGAGCCUAGCUGGCAGCCCUUCCAGUCCAGCUGCUACCGGCUGGUUGGCGAAAAGAAGAGCUGGCAAGACGCCAAGAAGACCUGCUUGCGCGGCGGCGGGGACCUGGUGAGCAUCCACACGCUCUCCGAGCUGGAGUUUGUCACCAAGCAUAUCAAGCAAGAUGUUGAGGAGCUCUGGAUUGGCCUUAACGACCUCAAGCUGCAGAUGAAUUUUGAGUGGUCGGAUGGGACGCCGGUGAGGUUCACGUACUGGCACCCCUUUGAGCCCAACAACUUCCGAGACAGCAUGGAGGACUGUGUGACCAUCUGGGGACCGGAAGGGAGAUGGAACGACAGCCCGUGUAACCAGACGCUGCCCUCCAUCUGUAAGAAGCCCGGCCGGGUGAGCCAGCGGGGAGAAGAGGAGGACGACCACGGCUGCAGGAAGGGCUGGAAAUGGCACAGCCCCUCUUGCUAUUGGCUAGGAGAAGACCGUGUGACCUACAGUGAUGCACGGAAGAUGUGCGUCGAUUUUGGGGCCACCCUCGUCACCAUCACCAACAGGUUUGAGCAGGCGUAUGUCAGCAGCCUGAUCUACGGCUGGGACAGCGAGUAUUUCUGGACAGCGCUGCAGGACAUCAACGAGACCGGCUCAUUCCGCUGGCUGAGCGGCGACGAGGUCAUGUACACCCACUGGAACCGCAACCAGCCCGGUUACAGCAGAGGCGGCUGCGUGGCCCUGGCCACAGGGAGCUCCAUGGGGCUGUGGGACGUGAAGAACUGCAACACGUUCAAGGCCAAAUACAUCUGCAGGCAGAACCUGGGCACCCCGGUGAACCCUGAGUUACCAGCCCCGUACCCCACGCCCAGCCUCACGGGCUCCUGCCCCCAGGGGUGGAGCUCGGACCCCAAGCUCCGGCACUGCUACAAGGUAAGGGGUCAGCAGGCCCCAGGGAAGACAGCAGAGUUCUCCGGGUUUGUCUGCCAACUCUUCCAUCCCUACUUCCUUAUGCCCCGUGUCUGUGUGCACGCGCACAGAUGGGCCUGUGUGCACGGUCAGCAAAGCGUGCAUGCACGAGUGCCCGACGUGGGAGUGCACCUGAUUUUUGUCAGUGAUAUUCCCAGGGAUGGGGAUAAAAUGGCGGUUGCAGAUGCCUUGUGGGCUGUACCGACUGUGUUCUGCCUGUUCUCACUGUUGGGCAUCCCUGGAGCAUUAGAACUGGCCCAGGGAUUCUUCCUGGUCACUCCCCUCCAGCUCCAUGCUAAAGGAAAGAGACGGCAAGAGUGUUUUCCCCUCCCCCCACUUCACCAGCUCCUCGUGGUUUCUUCCAGUGAAUCGGAACCGGAGAUCCAUGAGCAGCACUGGUUCUGGAUCGGCUUGAACCGGCGGGAUCCUGGAGCAGAGAGGAGCUGGCAGUGGAGCGACGGCCUUGGGUUUUUCUACCACAACUUUGACCGCAGUAACCAUGACGACGAUGACAUCCGGAACUGCGCCGUGUUGGACCUGGCCUCCUUGCAGUGGAUGCCUAUGCAGUGCGACUCGCAGCUGGACUGGAUCUGCAAACUGCCCAAAGGUGCUGACGUGAAGCAGCCAGAGGUCACCACCCAAGGCAGCAAAGAGUGGCUGCCGUACCAGGAUGCCGAAUACAAAUUCUUUGAGCAUCACUCGACCUGGGUGCAGGCUCAGCGCAUCUGCACCUGGUUUCAAGCCGAGCUGGUGUCGGUUCACAGCCAAGCCGAGCUGGACUUUCUGGGGCAGAGCCUGAAGAAGUUCUCCCGGGGCCAGGAGCAGCACUGGUGGAUCGGGCUGCACAGCUACGGCCCUCGCUCCCCCUGCAGCCCGCUCGCCGCCCUCCAUCCUACCCCCACCCCGUGGCUCCACCCCCCACUGGCUCCGCCCCCUUUCCGUGUGCCGCUACUGACACGUCCCAUCAUCGCCUUCCCCAGGUGGUCCGACGGCUCCCUCCUCAACUUCAUCUCGUGGGCGCCGGGCAAGCCGCGGCCAAUCAGCAAGGAGAAGAAGUGCGUGUAUGUGACGGCCAGCAGAGAAGACUGGGGGGACCAGAAGUGUCUCACGGCGCUGCCGUAUAUCUGCAAACGGAGUAACACCACGGCCCUGAAGCCCUCGCUGCCCCCAGUGCCCGCUCCUGUUCCUGGCGGCUGUGCAUGGGGCUGGAUCCCGUUCCUCAACAAGUGCUUCAGCAUCAAGGGCCACGACAAGGCGGAGCAGGUGAAGUGGCAGGAAGCGAAGCAGGCCUGUGAGAGCCAGGGCGCCGUGCUGGCCACCAUUUCCAACCACCUGGAGCAAGGUAGGGCACCCGCCAGAGGCCUCUGCUGCUGCCGGCUCGCAGCGGCAGCGGUGACCUUGCCGGCUUCUGUUCCGCAGACUAACUGCGCGGUGGUUUGGCACGGCUCCCCGCCCCACUUCACUGGCCGCUGGGAUGACAGGAACUGCCUGGAGGAGAAGCACGGCUACAUCUGCCAGCGGAGCAUAGACCCAGCUCUGAGCUCCCGGACCAGCUCCCCCCCGUCCCCGACCUCCCCGCUCUCCUACCUCAACAGCACCUACCGCAUCCUGCAGAAGCCGCUCAAGUGGCAGGAGGCCGUGCUGCUGUGCGAGACCCGCAAUGCCACACUGGCCAGCGUGCUGGACCCCUACACCCAGGCGUACCUCAGCCUGGCCAUCAGCAGCCUGCGGGCCCCUCUCUGGAUUGGCCUGGCCAAGGAGGAGGGAGGCCGGAGCUAUUCGUGGGUCACGGAAGAGAGCCUUUCCUACGCCAACUGGCAGGACGGGGAGCCUCAGCAGGUCACGGGCUGCUCCUACAUGGACGUGGAUGGGACGUGGCGGACAGCCGGCUGCGACACCAAAUUGCAAGGGGCUGUCUGCAGGGUCAAUUCAGGGUCCCCCCCGUCACACAAGUGGAGUUACAACGGGAGCUGCCCCAAGUCGGUGGAGGACUCCUCCUGGAUCCCCUUCAGGGAUCACUGCUACGCGUUCCACAUGGAGGUCACCCUGGGGCAGAAGGACGCCAUGAGGAGGUGCCAGAAAGCUGGCGGCACCGUGCUAUCCAUCCAGGACGAGACGGAGAACAUCUUUGUUUGGGAGCAUCUCCAGGCCUACGAGAGCCAGUCCAAGGGCGCCUGGCUGGGGAUGGCGUUUAACCCCAAAGGAGGCACCUUGGUUUGGCACGACAACACAGCCAUGAACUACUCCAACUGGGGCCAGCACGACACUGGGCCCAGCAUGCUCAGCCAGAACAGCUGCUACUGGAUCCAGGGCAGUACCGGGGUGUGGCACCUGGGCUCCUGCUCCAAUGUCACCAUGGGGGUCAUUUGUAAGAUCCCCCGAGCUGAGGAGAGCAGCUUCUCCCGAUCCGCUCUCCCCGAGAACACGACAGCCAUCGCCGUGGUCGUCCUCUCCGCCCUAGCGCUGUGCGCUCUGAUCGCCCUCACCGUCUACCUGUACAAGCGCCGGCGGAGCGCGGAGCGCGGGGCCUUCGAGAGCGCCCGCUACAGCCGCACCACCUCCAACCCCAGCGAAUCCGCCGAGAAGAACAUCCUGGUGUCGGACAUGGAGAUGAACGAGCAGCAAGACUAAUGGGGGAGCCGGGGGGAGGGGGAGGGACCGAGAGCACCACACCAGACACGCACGGUCAGCAAAGGGCAACAGCAGAAUGGCCGCGGCCGGGACAGGGAAGAGGCGCCGAAGGGGCGGGGGCACUAUGAGGGCCUGGCGGCAGCGUCUCCCUCUCACGUCCCGAGAGACACAAACCUGCCCUGUCUGCUCUGCGGUCCCAGCCCCAUGGGAGUUUAGGGGAUGGCAGUUUCUGGGCCACAGGGGGAGGGCAGAGCAUCGCCCAGUUAGAGCUGCCCAGGAGCCGAGGCACCCGCUACCCUGAGGUAUCAACAGCCGGAAGCAUUCAGGGCCAGAAUGUGGCCCCCUGGACUGCCUCCCCUGAGAGACCUUCCGUCUAGGUGAGAGGUCUCUAAACCAGCCUUCCCCCUCCACGUAUCCGGGGGGAGGGUUCCCCUCCUCUCCUAGCGUCUGUGUAUCCAUCAUGCCUUGCUGGGUCACUGCUGCCCAGACCCUUCCUCCAUCCCUCUCCCAGUCGCAGAGCACGGCCACCGCCCAUCUUCCCUCCCACAAGUGGCUGUCCCACUAAAUCCCUCAGGAUCAGAUCAGAGCUCUUCUGUUCCCCCCACCCCCCACCAGAUACGAAGGCGUGAGCACUCCCCCAUCUUCUAGUGCUGUGUCUGAUCUGUGGGGGGGUUGCUCUCCGCCCUGCCUUCCUCCCCACCUUGCUGUUUUUCCUGCAACAGCAGGGCAUGUCAUGGUGCAAAGGUAUUUAUUCCGUAGGGUGUUAGAGACAGAAUCCUUUGCCCAUCCUCGCCCCUGCGUCUCCUCUUCUGUGGACUCAAACAGUCCACGUCCUCCGCGCCUGAAUGAUGCCAAGAACUGGAAAACGGAGCUCUCCCGCUUUGUCUCUUGUGCCGACAGGGGGUUUGUAUCUAAAGCUGCAAGCUACAAUGCAACUCGUGCUGCUAAGCAGUCUGGUCAGUCUCGGUCUCAUUGCAGAUUUCUGACAGGAAGCUCAGAGUAAGGAAUGAAAGGCCCCUGGCACCACGAAAGUUUGCACAUUGUCACAUUCCUGUGCCAGACACGGACCGGGCGCUGAGCGUGCAUCGUACACACAGCGCCUGUGUUCACCAUACGUUCCUGUCAUGCUUUGCCAGACAUGACAUGCCUUUACAUCCGGUGUGGUACACACACUGCCACGGUGGCUGAGCAGCAAAACACAAGUUUAUCCUUCCCAUUCCAUCUCUGUGAAGUUCUACAUUCCUGCCCUUCACAAGAGUCACCCAUUGUCUUUGAAGUUCAGCACGUAUCAGACUGUUAAGUGCCUCUGAGUGAUACUGUUCUAAUUACCCAACCCCAACGGGUAGCACUAGGCCAUCUGGCCAUCGGUUGUAGGUUUGGAAUCUUUAAGGAAUCACUUUGCAUCUACCCUGUGUGGCGUUUGUUCCUCAGAAAGAACUGACGGAGCAAACUGUGGAUGUCAACAAUUUCUGUUGAACUUUCCUCUGUUGGUCUAGGUCACACACAAUCUGGGUGCUGAAUUCUUUUUCUGUACGACAGCCGGAGUUGCCCGCUUUUUUCUCCAUCCAAUUUAACAGGAACAGUCUAGACCUGGCGGUUUUCUGAGUGACAUCUCUUUGAAAAGUGCUUACAAGCUUUUUUUUUUUUAACCUUUUCUUCCAAUUUGUCUCCUCUCUUCUCACGUGGCCACUUUGGAAAUACAUUCUUUUCCGAAGCUGAAACAGGAGUUGUGAGUUGUCUUCCCAUCAGGAGUCGUGCUAGUCUGUAUCCAGUAGCUGUUGUUGCUGUUGAUCUGUAAUUCAAAAAAGCAAUGAAUAGCUCUUCCUGCUGUAGGUUUUCCUGGCUGUCUGUAGAGCUCUCUCUCUUCUCCAUUCGCCUGUGGGUAAAGUGGGAUGCUAGUAAUAUCAUGAUCAUAUUUCAUUUGGAAUGACUUAAACUCUGCUGCAGUGAAUUAUGGUCCAUUGUCCAUCACUAGUUGCACUGCAAUAGCAAAGUGAGCAAAAGGGCACUUCCUUGAUAACACUGCAACAUGUUAUGUUUUUCAAGUACAUUAAUUGUAUAUACUGUACCUGGCAAAUAGUCCACAAUGAUCAGCUAACGGUGUCCUCUGAAAGCAUUCAAACUGCUGCUAGUUUCCUGCCAGGUUUGUCUGGUAGAGAUGUUUGUACACUCUAGGGCUCAACUUAAGAAAGUCGAUUUGUCCUGGACUGCCUCUCAAAAGUCCAGUAUGUGGAGUUCUUCCACCUUUCUCACUAGGCCUCUCUUGGCUGCCGUGCUACAGCUGAGAAGGUUGUUGGUCUUUGAUCCUAUGCAUUCUGAAUGCAAAGACUUUGUCUUAUAAAUUGUUUCUGUGAUGAACUGGUCCAUGCAGUGCAGAGUAUUGCCAAGGCUAGUUGGAGCUGUGUGAGAUGGCUUGAGCUCUGGGAGAUAUUGAAGGUUAUUGUAUGUCUCUUCUGAGAUGACUGUGGCAUCCGUACCUGAGUCAAGUCUUGCUAUGAAUGUUCAAUUUCACUUUCCAGGUAGGUUCUGUGUCAUCACACGAGGUAGAUCCCAGAAACAAUGGCUCUUGAUUGUUUCUAAUAUGAGUCAAUUCCCUGACUGCUUUUGGUAGAGCAAAUAACUGGAGAAUGUCCACGUUUCAUGCAUUUAUUACACUGUAUGCCUUAUCUCUCGGGAUAAGACUUUGUUCUUUCUCUUUGCCUCGGGUGUUUUGUGAUAAUGACUUUAAACACCCAAGUGUCUUUACCUGUUUCUAAGUCAGUGUUAGGUUUUUCUAUUUCACCAGCUCAGAAUGCUUUGCUCUGUGUUAAUCUGUGGCUAGGGUUAAAUCUCUCUUCAAUUGUAGCUGCUGUGAAAAGUUUGUAUUGGUAAAUCCAAUAGCAUACUGUCUCUGCUAUUUUCAUGUUUUGCAUUUCCAAAACCACAGUUUUCAGGCAUUGUAUACAGCGCUCUGAUAAAACAUUCAACAUUUUCCCCUGGUUCUUGAAUUCUCUGGAGAAAACAUUCUCUUUCAUAAAUCACAUCUCAUCUGGGGUGUAAAGAAAGCUUUAGCCAUAGCCAGAACACUUUCAUAGUCAUCUUUGUCUUCAGUAAAGUUUCCACACAGCAUAAAUUAAGGAACCUGUAUUUCACCAGUUUCCUUGUAGAACUUGGUAGCAAUGUGAAAUCUUGGAAUAUAUUGUUUCCAGUCUGUCCAUUGUGAAAGUUUGUCAAAGCUGAAGUUCUUCAUUGCAUUGAGAUCCUGCAAUCUCUGUUGCUUUGUUCCUUCUGUUUGAAACCUUUUUGCUGUUUUCUGUUUCUAUUCUUAGUUUGCUCCUGUCACCAGGUUAUGUUCUUCUGUCCCAGAUGUGGACUGGCUGUAGAGUUUGCUUAUAUAUACCAGAUGUGUUCAUCAGAAGCUCCUUUAAUGCUCUGCAAGUCUGACUGAGGUUAAUUUAAAUAAGGUAUUUUCCACAUAGGCACCUAGUGGCUGAACUGUAAAACACAGUUUAGCGUUCCAUUACCCUGGUGGCUCCCAAUCCGUGGUCCGUGGGCCCCUGGUGGUCCGUGAUGAUACUACUGCGGUGGGCUCAAUCCUUUUCUUUUCUUUUCUUUUCUUUUCUUUUCUUUUCUUUUCUCCUCCAGGGAGGGGGGUUCAUGACAUUUUAACAGACUGAAAAGGGGUCCGGAUGCCUUAAAAAAGUUGUGAACCCCUGCAUUACACUCUUCUAGUUCCCAGCUGCACAGCUGCCAGACAGAUGUUCUUUCCCUCUCUUUGUCUCUGUCACACUCCAUCCUCCAGCACACCCCAUUCCAUACUGGUCAUUCUGCUGUUAAACUCUGCUGACUCUCAGAUCAAUGGUGUUUCUUGGGAGAAACAACCCUGAGCGUUGAGUUUGUUUUGUGUUGUGUUUGGAAUUGGUUGCCUCACUUGGACUGUGAUAAAAGGGUGGGAGAGGGGGCUUGAUUUUGGAUAUUUGGGUUUUUUUUAAAGGGAAAUGAUAGCUGCUUGCUAUACUGUAUUGAAUGCGUGCUGAAUAUAUAUACCCUCUUUCACGCCGAUGGCUGGGAAGUUUAUGGUUGCUUGUUUCAUGUGAUCAGGGUAGCUAGGAAGGCAAUGCAUGGCUCGUACCCUUCUUUCGUGCUUUGGAGCUGUGCAAUAAGAGACACCUGGGUUUCCUGGAGAAGAAGCCCGGAAUGGAGCUCAGCUUCUCCACUUCAUCCUCUGGCUCCCGUGACAAACACUUUGCCAGAGUCAGACUCCAGAUGACUGGAAACAGCGAGAGACAUUCAGCCCUUGAGGGGUGAUCUCUGGUUGGAAUAGGACGUGAAGGAGGCCUUCAGCCUCUCUGGAGUGGGACCGCAUGCCCCUGCAAGAGACACUAGGUUUUAGCCCUCUGCCUCCACGGCUUGAAUUUUGGUUGUUCUAAAGACAAUGGGAAAUAGCUAAUUUUGUUACUCUAAUUAUUAUGGCAUCUGUAUGAACUUUAAAAUGUGUUGAUUACACUUAAGCUGGAAAUUAAGUGUAUAUAAAACAGUUUUGCUGGGGAGGGAUGUUUGUUUUUGGCUUGCUCGGGGUUUUGUUGCAUGAUGGAUUUUGUUUAUUUUGGGUGGUGUCUACAAUCUGUCACAAUAGUCUGAAGUGAGGGGCAACUUGCAGACAACGGAACUGCCCCACUUCCAUUUCCUUGCCAUGGCUUUCUCUGUGUUUAUUUCCUGAGGAUUUUUCUAGAGCGGUUUGUUUGCAUACCCAGACACAGGGGGCUGUUGUGGAUGAAUGCACUAGCCUUUCAGCUUUGAAGAUUUGGGUAGAAAAACUUGAUGAGGAUGAAAAUGAAUUUGCUGAUCUCAUCCCAAUCCCCAGUGGGCAUUUAGCUCCAUCACACACACACAAAACAACACCGUUCGCACUGGCAGCCUCUUCCCCAAGGAUCUCCAGAACGUAACUAGCAGGAGGGUUGCUUGGUGUAAAUAGACGUCUGCUGGCCUACCUGGAAAAGCAAGGCAGUGCUGCUGGGCGGGACUGAAGAACUCGCAGGGGUCCAUGUACUGAAACAGCAGGGGAUUACAGCCCUUUUUUAAAAAGGGUUUUUUAUGUUUCUGAUCAAUUCUUUCUCUUUCAAGGUGAAAUAAAAACUCAGAACUGCACAGCGUAGGGGAAAUUCUCUGCGGAAAGAUGCACGUCAUUAAUUGACAAAGAUCAGGAUUACUGGACUAAUUCAUACACCGCUAAAUGGAAUUUCCUACCACCAUUAGAAUAAUGUGAAGAGGUGCUUACAAGGACCCUGUCAAUGUAUGUUUUGCCUUUUUUUUAAACUCAUGUUUUGUAAGAUCCUUCUCGAAACUUGGAAAUAAAAGUCCUUUCCCCACCAAUUUUUCCCCCUCCCCUUUGGCAAA